AUAUAUAUAUAUAUAUAUUUAGACAUAUUUAGACACUUAUACUAUACAUGAAAAUCAUAAAUUAUCCUGAUUCCUAACUGCUCUACAAACUACAUCUUCAAUCUUUUCGCUCCCAAUUUAUCUCUGACUUCUAUAAAUUCAUAACUUCAUCCUUUAUUCUACAUUUACUGCUUCCUUGUUUAUACAUAUAAACUAUCUUCUUUCAUUUAUCUCAAAUCAUAUAAAUAUCCUCUAUCCACUCACUAACUCACUAACUCACUUUGUAUUAGUACACUAUAUUAUACAAUCCACAAAAAUGGCUGAUGUCAGAUUUAUGGACGAUUCAGAUUCAAUGUUUGACGACGUCGAAAUCAAAAUAGCACUAUUCUUUAUAAAUGGCUCUAGAGUUGAUUUAACUCUAAACAGAGAAUUCAUCUAUGAAAACAGAUUAACCGCAAGAUCAACUCUCGAAAUCUCAAUCUCGGAUCUAAUCUAUUACCUACUAAUAAAUUGGGAUCCUUCUUGGGGCCAAAAACCUGUCAAUAUCUUCCAAAUCCGUUUCCUACAUCUUGGUAGAGCUGUUCGUUCUGGAAUGCAAAUAAAAGACAUAAAUUUAGCCACAAGCACAAUCUUCCACAUAAGUUUAAGACCCCUAAGCUCUCUAAACAAAGAUUACAAUAUCAUCAGAAAUGCCUCCUUAUUCGUUAAUACAGCAACCAAUAUAAGAGAUUAUAACAAAAGAUUCACUUUAUCCGGCCCUGCUAGUCUCCAUAGUUACAAUAACGAAUUUUCAACCUACAACACAAACACUAAUCGUCAAUAUCAGAGAUACUCUUAUGCUGGUCCUUCUGCUGCAAGUGAUGAUGACACCUUCGAUCCCACCUCUCUAGGCUCUUCCACUCUAAGAAUGUCCCCAUCAAGACAAAAUAGAAACAGUUACAUAACAAAUGAUAUUUCAAAUGUCCAAUCAAAUCGAAGUGCAAGUUUUCAAGAAAAUAAAAAUAGCAUUGUUGACACUUCCUCUUCCUCCAUUUUAAUCAAUACCCCAUCAAGAUCUAUUAAUAAUAGCACAAAUAACAAUUCUAAUAGCAUCAAUAUCAAUCCUAUUCCUAGCAAUAUUACUAAUCACUCAAGAAGAAGCAGAAAACACUAUCAUUACAACUCAAAUACAAAUCAAAUUUCUUCUGAUGCAAGAACUUCCAAGGAAGAAUCAGGCUGUUGUAUUAUCAUGUAACUCAUCUUUCAUAAUACUACAUCAUCAAAUUUUUUACAUUUUUUACAUUUUUUUUCUUUUACAUUUUUU